UGCAAUUAUAUCGAUGUAAGAAGUCAUUUUAACAAACGAUGCAAAAGCAAAAGUCCUCCAUGAUUACCUAUCUCAAACAUAUGUUCCACAACUCAGUGAUCAUCUUUUUAAGACAGAUGAGUAUUUAAAGAAAGAAGCAGAAGAUUUUGAAAAGAUUAUUAAUCAAAGUGAUGAAUUAACAGAAGAGCUAGUUGAAAAAAAAACAGUGAUAAGUAGAACUGUCAAACAGCUAAUAGAUAAAAUAUAAUCUGAAUAGGAAAAACUCAAAAAAAGUGAAACCUAUAAAAAAGGUAAGAAAGAUGAAUUGGCUGCUAUUCAAAAAGCCAUAGAUUCAAUUUCAAGUGCUAUGAAAGAAACUUGUUCAAAAAUUGAUUCAAAAGAACUGAAUAAAAUAGGUCAAUUACCACAAGGAAUGGAUUAAUUCAUGUCGAAAUUGUUCCACAUCAUAUACAAUGAGGAUCAAGGCAAAUUCAAUUGGGCUGAUUUCAAAAAGAAAGUUUUUGAUUAAGAUAAAGGGGCUGACUUUUAAAGUAGAUUAGCUAACUUUUAAUUUAAAGGAGUAAGUCAAGAGAAAGAAAACUUAUUAUUGGAGAUGAAGGCUGAUCCUUAAUUUUAGAAGGUCUUCUAAGAUCCUCAAUACACAAAAGCAUUUUUGGAUAUUGCUGAUUGGAUUCACUUUUCCGUUUCAGGUAUUGAAAAUUAAAAAAAAAAGGAUCAAUCAGCAGUAGAAUUUGAAAGAAUCGACAAAGAAUUUGCAGGCAGAAAGGUUGAAUUAGAAAGCUAUCAAAGAACCCAUGAUUUUUGGGUUUCAUAACUUAAAUACGUUGAGGAUUAACAAGUGUUAUUGCAUUAACUGUAACCAAACAUUAAGCAAGUGGCUCAAGAAAUCUCAGGUAGCAAAGGGUUAUUGGAACAACACAUUGGAAAAUUCAUUUAGGGAGCUGAGAAAAUUAAUGAGUUAAUGAUUCCAAACAUAUGAUAGUAUAAUAAAACAAUAAUUUAUAAGUCAUAAUUCUUACAAAAA